AUGCCUAUUUUUCCCACAACGACUGGAUACAUGAGUAAUGUGUCAAAUUCAUCCAUUGGAGCUUUACCCAGAGUGAGAGUAACACCAGACAGAUCUGUGUUCACUGGAGAGACAGUCACUCUGAAGUGUGAGAUAGAGGAUCCGUUCAGUAACUGGACAUAUCUGUGGUAUAAAAACACAACUGAAGUGUUAAACGCUGACCGUAACACUUUAAACAGAGACUUUCUCACUAUCACUGGAGUUACUGAAUCUGAUCAGGAUGAGUACUGGUGUAGUGCAGAGAUACACGGACGAACACAAACUUCACUAUCAAGCUCUGCUGUUUAUCUCACUGUGAAUGGAUCAAAACCAAAACCUGAACUCACAUCAGAUACUGAAGGAUCUGUACUGACAGGUAACACAGUGACUCUGAAGUGUCACAUUGAUCAGUCUACUGGAUGGAAGUUUUAUUGGUACAAACACACACAAAACACGGAGGAGACGACAACAGAAAAAAACUCUUACACAAUCCACAGUGUUAAAGUUUCAGAUGGAGGUCAGUACUGGUGUAGAGCUGGAAGAGGAAAACCAGACUAUUACACAGAGUACAGUGAUGGACUGUGGAUAAAUGUUAAAGAGAGUCCUAAACCUGUAGUGAGUGUUGAUCCUGACACACAGCUGUUCAGAGGAGAAACUGUUACUUUGAGAUGUGACAUACAGGAUACAGGAGACACAGCAUGGACAUACAGCUGGACUGUAGAGAACAUCAAUAACAGCAAUAUAAUCACACAAUGCAAGACAAAAGAGUGUAAAAUCAAAGACAUUGAAGACUACCACAGUGAUUCCAAAUACACCUGUACAGGAGAGAUACGUGGGCAAAUCACUGAGAUGAGUGAUGCUGUUUCACUGACUGUAUCAUCAGAUAAGCCACGGACAGUUUUAAGUGUUUCUCCACAGCAGUGGUUGACUGAAGGAGAUUCAGUGACUCUGAGGUGUAGGGUUAGAAGUUCAUCUACAGGCUGGACAUUCAGCUGGUUCACUCUGGUCGCAAGUUCUGAAACCCACUAUGACUAUCAGCUCAUAUCAGACAGCACAAGAGGAUCUAAAGGCAUCUACACUGUGAAUUCAGUUACUGUGAAGCACACAGGAGUUUAUAUGUGCAGAGCAGAGAGAGGAGAUCCAGUCUAUCACACAAAGUACAGUAACACACAAACACUGUGGAUCACUGGUGUUUCUCCUUCAUUUUCUCUGAUCAUCAAACCCAGCAGAUCUCAACACUUCUCGUCUGAAUCUCUCUCUCUGAGCUGUGAGGAUCACAGUAACUCUGAAUGGACAGUGAAAAGAUACACAAGAUAUGCACUGGGAACUUGUUCAUCAUUAUCAGUCAGGAGAUCUACAGGAAUAACAUCUACAUGUAAAAUCAGAUCUCUCAUCACAUCUGAUACUGGAGUGUACUGGUGUCAGUCUGAAUCUGGAGAGAAACUUCAUCCUGUCAAUAUCUCAGUACACAGUGAUGUAAUUCUGGACAGUCCUGUUCAUCCGGUGACUGAAGGAGAUGCUCUGACUCUACGCUGUUUAUAUCGGGGGAAAAAACAUUCUAACCUGAGAGCUGAAUUUUAUAAAGAUGGAUCAGUGGUGCAGAAUCAGACUACAGCAGACAUUAUAAUCAUCCCUACAGUCUCAAAGUCACAUGAGGGUUUCUACUACUGUAAACACCCAGAGAGAGGAGAGUCUCCAAAGAGUUGGAUCUCAGUUAUAGGUGAGACUUAUCAUGUGAAGAUGUCUGGACUUAAGAUUUUCACUUUUCUCCUGGCAGUUUGUCCAUAUCUGUUAGCGACAGUCAUGCUGGUUUUCAAAUACAGAUUGAGAGGUGAAACAUCUACACUAGCCUGUCACAGGCCCAUCAAGGCCAUUAUCCAGUAUAAGACACACUCCCUCAACCGACGCUGGUACGCAGAAUGA